AUGGCCUCCCCAGCAUCACCUUCAUCCGUGAACACCACGGGCUCAACGAGCCAAGCCCCGGCCGAGAAACCUCCUACUCCCCCCGUCAACAUCCUCCCCUCCCAGCUCGCGCAGACAUAUUCCUACGCGCACCCGGCAAUCCUGCUCGGACUAGGGGCAUGGCGGUUCGAGGCUUUGGUCGCUGACCCCAUGCGGGAGCUUCUUGCGGAUUUGCCCUGGCUUGCUGCGCUGCAGAUCUCCUAUGUCAUGCUAUGUCUCCCGCCAGCGGGGGCGGCAUCUGUCGAAGCUGGUGCUGCAGCGGAUGAGGAGAAGAAGAAGGCUCCCCGGUCACCUUCGGGCCCUUCAGUUACCCUUCGCCCCGGCAAGCCUGGAUAUCGCCGGAAGCAGACUUCAGGGAAGAGCUCUUGGACGUGUGUUUGGGCCAAGUUGAUGCCGGCUUUCCUCUCUCUCGCUCUCACAUCUCUCCUCGCCACACCUGUCAUCGCCGUCCUCCUCGUUCUCUUCGGCGCCCCUCUCACCACUCACAAUGCCGAGACGAUCCUCUGUGCGGCCCACAUGGCUCUGUUGUCUGCAACCGCGCUAGUCUACGUCCACGGCGUAGACGCGUCGGUUUGGAAGGAGGUCUGGGGAAUUGCCCGUCCCGCAGACGCAGUCUGGGGCAGCGCUCUAGGUACUGGCCUGGGCGCUUGGUUCGGAGCUAUUCCGAUCCCGCUUGACUGGGACCGCCCAUGGCAAGCAUUCCCCAUUACCAUCCUUACAGGCGCCUACAUCGGGUACGCGGUCGGAUCGCUGGUCUCUCGGACUCCGUUCAUUUAUGGAAAGCGCAUCCAGUUUGCGCCUGAGCAGACUGAGGAGGAUGAGAAGAAGACUAAUUAG